AUGUGGCUCAAAUGCUGCUUGCUUCUUAUGUACAUUUUGCUACUUUUUGUACUGUCCCGAAUUCUGGAGGCCAUAUCAUGGUGUGAGUCUAGCUACAGUGGAGCCUUGUCGCGCCAUCUGCUGGAUCCAAUGGUUCUGUCAGUGGCCAGACUGAAGGCUUUGUUGGAACAACGGGGUGUCAGUUAUGACAAUGUAGUGGAGAAAUCAGAACUUACCAAUUUGGUUGAGACCUCAGGCCAUGUCAGCGCCGAAGAAGUUGAAAUGUCUCAGGUUGAUCAGACAACAUCUUCCGAGACCAAUUUUACUUCUGGAGCUCACUUCAUUGAGCAGGUUGAGGAUGCCAAGGACAGCGUGUGGCUGGUGCAGGUCGUGUCUGAUAACAGAAAGUUUCGAAUCAUGAGUAGCAGAGGAUGGAGGGCUAUAAGAGAGAAGGCUUCCAGGUUUGGGAUUCGCACUGGAUAUCUUGACUGUUCCUUGGAUGUGAGAUACUGUAGACAGAAAGGAUGGAGAUCUCCUUUCCUGCUACUGGCCCUCCCAAGUCAGUUUGAAAAGAAAGCUAGCGUCACCAUGUACAAUUACUCUGGAUCUGUAAAAGAAACUGCUGUGUUUCAAUGGGUGCGGGAUAAGUUGGAUGAAAGAAUUCUGCGAAUAACAAAUGCAACGCUGUUUCAUCAGGAGUGGCAGGACUUUUCGAAGAGUUCCUUAGAUCCAGAAGUUCGGAUGGUUCUGUUUACAAAGUUAAAUUCAGCACCUCUUUUCUAUUCAGCUCUCAGUGUGAAGUUUCCUGGCAGAGUCAAGUUCGGGCUAGUCUCUCUCAAAACGGAUGACACGUUUAAUACAUUUUGGAAGCAUAUUCUAGGGAAAGAACAGUUUAGUGAAAUUCCAACCUAUGUGACUUACACUGUAGAAAAGAACUAUACAUAUGGAUUACGACCAGGCGAACUAUACACCUUUCUCAGCAUGGAACAGUUUCUGAAGUUUCUAUACCCCUGUCUUAAUGAUAUCUUUAUAGUUAGUUUCUGUGUGGCAAAUUUCCUGUCCUGGUUUGAACUCUUUACAUCUAACUGUAGCAUAUUGAGAAGAUUUCGUAAAUUUAUUUGGUGCAUGUUUAAGUAUAACAUUGCAGUUAUAAUGCUGUGGUUACCAGUAAUAGGAAUUUUUCAGAUGCCUUACUUAGAUCGCGUGCCACUUGCAGCGUUAAAGAUUGCCAGGAUUUUGAGUACGUCCCAGAUUGGUAUUAUAUUACGUGGUGAUUGUCAGUUUUUCUUGAGUCACCCUUUUUAUAUUCUUGUAAGUUUUACUUUAUACCUGAUCCUAGUUACUUACUUAUGCAAGAAAUAUACCCCAGUGGAACAAGACGAAGAGACUUGGUUUAACUUUAGCUUCAUGAGAACACAUGCUUACCUUCGACCAAAUGACAUUUUUCAACCAAUGGGAAUGAGCGGGUAUGAUCUGCUUGGUGGAUUAGAUGUUUUUGCUUCACGGAUAUCCCAGACCUCCCUUUGGCUGCACCCUACCAUUUCUUUAGAUUACAUUAAACAUCUUCCUACUUGGCGUUACUGCCCGGUGCCUUUAUCAGAAAGAGCUGCAGGGAAUUCUGGAAAAGUUGAGGUGGCAAUGAAUACAGCUUCAGGAACUGUUGGGUUGACUUCUGUUAGUAGCAGAAAGGAGCUUUUCAAGCCAGAACAGAAAUAUUCUGGUGACAGACAAUCAGAGCAAGUGAAUUCAUCAGAAAAGUGUUCUUCUGCAGUUGGAAAUGUAGAUGGCCAAACAGUAUGUUCCUGUAUCCAAGCUUCUUGUAAUAUAAACAUUCAGGCAGCUCACGGAGGCCAUCAUUCAUGCAAAUGUUUCCACAAUGAUAAUUCUUCUGACUUGACAGCCGGUUCCUUGAGCAAGCAAAGUUUAGAUACUGCUACUUGUACAGCACCAGCCAACACAUCAGCAGCGGUUCAGGAUCAUCCAUGUCUUCACACUCGUGGUCAUCACAGUGAAAGCAGUGAUCUUCCUAGAGCACCUUGCACUAGCACUCACUCAUCCAAACCCAAAACUUGUGAUAUAAUUCAUGAUAUCAAAAACAGCAUUGCUUCAGAAUCUCUCCAAACAUCUUCAGCUUGUUCUGGAGCUACCACUCUUGCAACAGACAAAGAUGUAGUUCCUACCAGUUCAAAUUCCUCAGUUGGCAAUGGGUUUCCUUCAGGUUACUUAGAGAGUCUUCAGUGUGUCAUAUGCCUGGAUGAAUACGCCCCAUUGACAAUGCUGUGUGGAUUGCCCUGUGGCCAUGUCUUCCAUGAGAGUUGUAUUAUCUCCUGGUUAAACAGAGAGAAACACUUCUGCCCCAUGUGCCGUUGGCCAUCUUACAAACUUCAUCCAAAUCACAUUUAG